AUGGUGAUCACGAAUCCUAAGUUUUUGAACAGACUAAAUAAAGAAUACAACGAUAUAAAGACCAAACAAAAUUAUUUCGAUGUCCAGCUGGUAGACAACAAUCUUCAACACUGGCGUAUCAAGUUCGUGGGACCUCAUGACACUGCAUACGAAGGUCUUCCUUUUGAGGAUAAGUGGCCGUUUGAAAUCCCGAAGUUCCAGUUUGUAACGCGUGUGUACCAUCCAAAUGUAUUUAAUGAACAACCUUUUGCUACUCCUUCAGGAACCUAA